AUGGCAGUGGACUCUAACAGAGUUGACAUUGAAUGGCCUGGACGAUGGAAUCAUAUUCGUAAAUUUCUAGAGCGGACUGGGCCAUUUGCACAUCCAGACUUUGAACCAAAUCCUGAGAUGUUAACUUUUUUAUUGGAGACCUGUCGUAUAUUGGUUGUCGGUGCUGGCGGCUUGGGAUGUGAAUUAUUGAAAAAUCUUGCUCUGAGUGGUUUUCGACAAAUUGAUGUCAUUGACAUGGACACAAUAGAUGUUUCCAAUCUUAAUAGACAGUUCUUAUUUAGAAGUAAAGAUGUUGGUAAAUCUAAGGCUGAAGUUGCUGCAAAAUUUAUAAAUAACAGAGUACCAGGCUGUAAUGUCACACCUCAUUUUCAAAAAAUUCAGGAUUGUGAUGGUUCAUAUUACAGACAAUUCCAUAUUGUUAUAUGUGGGUUAGACUCUAUAGUAGCAAGGAGGUGGCUGAAUGGAAUGUUGCUUAGUCUAGUUAAUUAUGAAGAUGGGAUUUUAGAUCAAUCCAGUAUUAUUCCGUUAAUUGACGGUGGUACUGAAGGAUUCAAAGGCAGUGCCAGAGUCAUACUGCCCGGUCUCACAGCAUGCAUUGAGUGUACACUAGAUCUCUACCCACCACAGGUGGUGUUUCCAAUGUGUACUAUUGCACAUACACCAAGGUUACCAGAACAUUGCAUAGAAUACGCUAAGGUAUUAGUUUGGCCUCAAGAACAUCCAUUUGGAGAGAAUAUUCCCAUUGAUGGUGAUGAUCCGGCACAUAUACAGUGGAUAUUUGACAAAGCAUUAGAAAGAGCUAAACAUUAUAACAUACAGGGGGUGACAUACAGGCUGACUCAGGGUGUAGUGAAACAUAUUAUCCCCGCUGUUGCAUCUACAAAUGCAGUCAUUGCUGCAGCAUGUGUAACUGAAGCAUUUAAACUAGCAACCAGUUGUUGUAUGCCUCUUAAUAAUUACAUGGUGUUCAAUGAUAUUGAUGGUCUUUAUACAUAUACAUUUGAAGCUGAAAGAAAGGAAGACUGUAUUUCUUGUAGUCAAGUUCCCCAGACACUUACCUUUGAUGAAGACACUACACUGCAAGAAUUACUAAGUUACCUUAUUGAAAACUCAUCCAUUCAGCUGAAAGCACCCGGCAUUACUACCACCAUAGAUGGUAAACAUAGAACACUUUACAUGCAAACUGUGGAAUCAAUAGAAAAAAGAACUAAAGUCAAUUUGACCAAGAAACUUAAAGAACUGGGUUUGAUUGAAGGACAGGAAUUGAUUGUUGCAGAUCCUACCACGCCUUCAUCUCUUGUUGUCAAUUUACAUUAUAAUCAAAACUCCAAAAUGGAAGGAUAGUUAAUGACAUAUUGUCUUUACCAGAUCCUGUCUUCAGUUUGAUAUUUAAAGAAAAGCAUUAUGUUAAGACAUCCAUAGGUGGCGCUGAGUUAAUGCACUUGUCAUGUGACCUGUCAUGUGACCAUAUGAAACAUAACUAUGCAGAAACCGAGUUGAGACUAUUUGAAAGUGAUCUUGGUGUGAGUGAUUCAUUUUUAGAAUCUGUAAAGUCAGAUAAAAGUCAUCAGUUAAUUUGACUUCAGACUCAUUCCUUCACAAUGAAACUAAUAAUCUUCAUAAAUUUCAGCAAUGCUAUUCUGUUUAUGCAUCUCUUUUGAAAUAUUACUUACUAGUAAAUAUAAUGGUUAUGAUUUAUUGAUCAGUAUGCCACCAAUAGCUGAACUUUAGUACCAAACCACGAUAUGUUGCAUCAUGCAACAAGCAAUUACAAUUUGAUGAGGGAUUAGUAGAGGGGAGGCAAGGGGGGUAGCUGGUACGGUUUUACGGGAAAUAAAAAGGGCUUUUUACAAUUUACAACGAAAAAAAAGACGUUUUUACAGUUUACAGUUUUAAAAAAGGAACAUUGAAUGGUCCGAAGAGCUCUCAGACUCAAAUU